AUGCCACUGUUCAAUGUCCUAUAUGAUACCGAUGACAUUGUAAAUGAGUCGCUGGAAGAAAUCGAUGGUGGCAACUCGUUUCGGAACUCUUCAGAGCUGGUACAUUCGCAAGUUUUGGAGGAUUACAUGCCAACUCCAGAGUACUCGUACUCGUAUACCUCCGAAAAGGCAGACAUUACAGAUCUGAUGCUAGAGAUGCCAGAGAGCUCUGAAUCGCCCGAGUCAAGAAGAAUGUCGUUUUUGGAAAAUGAUAAGCUAACUGGAUUUCAAUCAAAACGCAAAAGGUCUAUCCAAGCAAACCCGGAAGGACUGGAAAGCGAAACCUUAGGCCGAAAGGUCAGAAAGAGCACACUUGUCGAAGAUUUUGUGAGCGUAUUCGAAAAAGGAGACCCUGAAUACAUGGAAAUGAUCAACAUGCAUCUUAUCCCCUAUUGUUCACUAAAUGAACUGGAUCCAGACUUGUUUGUGGGCCAUCUUCAAAACAAAAGAGAUCAUUUAUGGGCGUAUGAGAUUAAUAAGAAAUCAAAUAUCACCAGCAAUCGGCUGGUCCGGUUUGCCAAUCAUGAUAAUGUGAAUUUUUAUGAACCACGAGUCUUCAGGUAUCUGCGCACGAAGAACACUUGCAAAAGACACAAGAGGGAGGGAUUGUGUUCAUUUUGCAAACCAACAAAACAAGACUAUCAGAAUGACUUUAAUAAUCUAUUUUUUGACCUGAACUCGUCUGGAUAUUUGCACCAUCUGACAAAGCAGCACGGCGUUUUUAGCAACGGCUCAGAAAUGCCACUACCAAAGCUAAUUGGAUUGCACCCGGAGCUAAAGAGCAACAAGACCUCAGCAAAAAUUGGCCAUGUAUAUGUCGCUGUGUGCCCGAUAUGUAACGAAAAGGUCAAGGUGCAAGAUUUGAGUCCCGAGAGCCAGGUCUCGGGAAAUCGGUUUUUGGCAUACUUCAGGCACAUGCUAACGCACAAUGUUAAGAAAAAUAGCGGGAAGGGACGAUAG